GGAUUUAACAUGCGAAGCCUCCUCUUAUCGGUGGGGCAGCAGCAACGCGGUGUGCGAGCAUUGUUGGCACAGGUGUCGCAGCUGUCUCAAUACCUCCUCCUCCUCCUCCUCCUCCUCUACCUCAUUCUCCCACUCGCUGCUCUCCCCCUUCCCGACGCCACUGUAACGUCUACCUUUCGCGUGAACCCAACCGCCUUGUCGUCCUUCCCCCAUUACAAGCACGUUCCCGCCGGCGCUCCUCCCGCCCACUCGCUCCUCCAGCAGCUCCGUGCUGCGCCACAUGGGUUCCAGCGGCUCCAAAAUGCGGACCACGUGUCAGCACCCGCUCGCAUGCAGACUGCAUCGUCCUUAGCAUCAGCGGCGGAGAAACAAAAUCCAUCAAAAAUUCCAUCGGCUGAAGCUUCCGCGGCUGCCUCCGCUUCCGCGCUUUCCGGAGAGCCCCCGACCCCGUUUCCGCCUGCGCCGCGGCCGUGGCCGGAGCAGUUCCACGCGGUGCUAUUCCAGAACCGCAGCGGGCGGCUGGCGCUGACGGAGCUGUGGUACGACUGGCCGGGCGGACGCAACCUGAACGCCAUCCGCCCGCAGCUGUCGGCGGGCACGCUCAUGGACGUGGAGUGGAGCAACGGCACGAGCUUCUACUACAACCUGCAGGAGCGGUCGUGCAAGGUGAUCACGUUCCCUGUGGGCAUCCUGCGGCCGGACUGGCUGGUGGGGGCGGUGCUGGUGAGGGAGGGUGAGGUGGUGGACGGCAAGUUCCGUUGCCGUGUGUGGACCAAGGCCGACUUCAUUCUUUACUAUGAGGACAUGGAGACUGGUUUUCCACACCAGCAAUUUGCUUUCAUUAAAGCCCGAGUGACUACACUGAAGAAUUUUCUGAUGCAACUCGCUGAAGCCCAUCAUCCCAUGCCACGCUCAUGUUUUUUUCAAGGCCUUGAGAAAGCUUCCUUUGGUGCACAGAUUUUGUGCGCGGCGCGCACAUCCACACCUGUUGCUCGGCUGGCAGACGGGGUCACCACCAAACCCGUUCGUGUCCUCCCAUUAUGUCUGUUACCCUACACUGCUCUUCAACGUUCCAGUGACGCGGAGGGAGACGCGGCUGAUACCGACGACAGGCCGUCAUGUAGCACACCCCCUGCGACUGGGCUUCAGUUUCUGCGCGGUGGGCGUAAUGUUUACGUUUGCGAUGAAGAGGCGUUGGGGGAUGGCGGUACCGAAUGGAUGAGUGACGCUACAGAGUCAGACGGUGUUGAGGAGUGGGUCGCCUCGCCGCGAGCAGAGGUUCCUGCAGAGCCGGCUGCGACGGUUGCAACGCAGGUUGUCGAUGCAGCCACUCCUGAGUCGACCGGUUCAAUCGCUCUGAAGAAGCGACGAUUUACGCAGCAGGUUCUGCAGUGGGGAACACCGCCGCAGAAGCCUGUCGCUCCACCUCCCCGUCCUGCCCCACCCCCCAUUCGUCCCCUUUCAGACGAGGAGAAGAAGGAGAAGGCGUACCUGAAGGCGCAGAAGAGCUACACGUCUGAUUGGCUACCGAAGUUUGACUGGCUGAUUCUGGACAGGACGCCAGAGGGUGACCCGUGUCUGCGAUGCAGUGUCUGCAUGGAGCAUGGGAAGGACAACGCGCGUUACGGUCGCAAUGGCGCUGGCGGACGUGAUCUGCAGAUCGGGUCGAUGCGGUGGCACGAGAACAACGCGAAGCACGAGGACGCGUGA